UCCAUUAUAUAUCCUCUGCUGCGGCUCCUCAGACACCAUUCUACCACCUCCGAGAAUUAAGAAGAGAGAAAGAAAUGGACUUAUCUCCUCUUCUACCUCCCAUCCUCUUCCUCUCUUUCCUCUCCCUAUACUUACUCCAUAGAAUGAACAAAUCACAUAUUGGCUCAGCGACCAAGAUCAGCUUCUCGGAAAUGGUCAGAAAUGGCCACCGGUUCUUAGAGUGGACGGCGGAGCUGGUGCUCGCCAGCCCCACCAACACCAUCAUCCUCCCCUCCGGCAUAAUCACAGGCAACCCCAAAAACAUCGAGCAUGUUCUCAAGACCAAGUUCGACAACUACCCGAAGGGCGACGCCGUCACCGUCUUGGAGGACUUCCUCGGCCGCGGCAUCUUCAACACCGACGGAGACCACUGGAAGCUCCAGCGCAAGAUCGCCAGCCUCCAGUUCAACACCAAGACCAUCCGAAACUUCGUCCUCGACAACGUCCACCGCGAAGCCGUCGAUCGCCUCCUCCCCCUUCUCUCCGAGGCCGCUGCUGCCGGCGAGACCCUCGACCUCCAGGACCUCCUCGACCGCCUUGCCUUCGAUAACGUGUGCAAGGUCGCCUCCGACGUUGAUCCCGCCCGUCUAAAGGGUGAGACCGAGGACACCGGCAGAUUCGCCCACGCCUUCGAGGUGGCCAUGGAUAUUAGCGCCAAGAGAUUCCGGCAGCCAGGGCUCCUCUGGAAGCUCCGCCGGGCGCUUAACAUCGGAGAUGAGCGACGACUGGGCGAGGAGCUGGCGACGGUGAACGAAUUUGCCAUGGGGGUCGUCAAGGAACGUAAGCAGAGGAAGACAGAGGAGAUGGAGAGCAGCAGCGACCUCCUCUCGAGGUUCAUCUCCGAAGGAGCCUUCUCCGACGAGUUCCUCCGCGAUGUCAUCAUAAGCUUCGUGCUGGCCGGGCGCGACACCACGUCGAGCGCCAUGGCGUGGUUCCUCUGGCUGGUCUCCACCCGACCAGGGGUCGAACAGAAAAUCUUGGACGAGAUCAGCUGGGUCCGGUCGAGACAUCACAACCCCCCCGGCGGCACGUUGACGCUGGACGAGCUUAGGGAGAUGAACUACCUCCACGCGGUGGUGUCGGAGGGCUUGAGGCUUUAUCCACCGGUGCCGCUCCAGCCACGGCAGUGUGCGGCGGACGACGUGCUGCCGGACGGGACGGCGGUGAAGAAAGGGAUGUCGGUGACGUAUAACACGUACGCAAUGGGGAGGAUGGAGGGGAUAUGGGGGGAAGACUGCAAGGAAUUUAAGCCGGAGAGAUGGCUGGAUGGCGAUGGAUUGUUCCAGCCCAAGAGGCCGUUCCUGUUUCCGGUGUUCCACGCCGGGCCGAGGACGUGUUUGGGAAAGGAGAUGGCGUACACCCAAAUGAAGGCGGUGGUAGCGAGCGUCAUUGAAAGGUUCGAGAUCGAGGUGGUGGGAGAGAAGGAGAGGGAGAUUGAAUUCACCACCAUCUUGAGGAUGAAGGGUGGGCUGCCGGUGAAAGUGAAAGAGAGAGAGGGUGGAAACGCCGGUACGGCAAGAGCUUUUGAUCAUUAACAAAAAGAAAAAUCUUGGGUCACGACGGUGUAUCGUACCUGUGGUCGUUAUCGUUGUGGACUUGUGGUGCAGAUGGUCCAAGCGAGCCUGUGGAUGAUAUUUUCUUGGGGAACUUGUAAUUUCCCCUAUUUUCUUUUGGUAAUGAGCAGGUAAAUAACCAUUUGCAGGGUUUCUGUACGAUGUUCCUACCGUAUUCAUGUGGUCUUUGUACUUUUGGCACUAUAGACUCGUUUGGUUUAUGAUUUUUUUUUUCUUC